AUGCCUUUAAUCGGGCUUAAAUACUUCAAAGUUCAGAAAACUCUGCCCUUCUUGCCGGGAGCAACGAGCGUUGGCAAUCUGAGUAAUGGAUUCGACCUUUUAAAUAGUGGAUCAAUAAUCAAUUAUCCAGCGAAGAACGAGUUCAAAAUGUUGAAACCGGUUGCUCUGGAUUUUCUUCGAAAAGUUGCACGGGAGGAUUUCAUGGAUGAGGAAGAAUUUGGUGAAAUCUCCGAAGAAAAUUAA